AUGAAAAAAGUUGGACUUAUUGGAGUGCUACUGUUACCCCAGGCAAAAUCGUCAUCGGGGUGCAAUCCUCAUGUUAACCUUGUGAAAGAGGAGGAAAGGUGUAUGGCAGAUAUGCUGCUUUAUAAGUCACACAACGCAACAGAAAACAAUAUCAGCGUACACUGUAUGGGAAUGUGGGAUGACCUGAACUGCUGGCCACCUGCAUCUCUUGGGGAAACCGUCUCUCAGCCGUGUCCGGAGUUCUUCAACUCGGAUGAUAAAGUGCACCGCAACUGCACCGCCAGUGGCUGGACGGACCUGCUCAUCCCACACGAGGACGCAUGCGGAUACACUUUCAAUGAGACGCUCCACUUUCUUGGAGAGUCCUCAGACGCCCACAUGUAUUUCUCCUACGUGAAGACCAUGUACACCGCCGGGUACACGCUCUCCCUCAUCUCCCUCUCCAUCGCCGUCACCAUAUUCUGCCUGUUCAGAAAGCUGCACUGCACCAGGAACCACAUCCACAUCCAGCUGUUUAUCUCCUUCAUCCUGAGAGCCAUCUUCAUCUUCGUCAGAGACUCUCUGCUGUUCACCGAUGAGGAGCUCUACCACUGUGACUACUACCCGGUGGCAUGCAAGGUAGCGCUGACGUUGUCCAACUACUCCAUUCUGGCAAACUACAGCUGGCUGCUGGCGGAGGGCCACUUCCUGUUCACGCUGGUGAGCCGCUCCUUCUUCUCCCUGAGGAAACACCUCGCCUGGUACAUCGUCCUAAGCUGGGGCUUACCGUUGAUUGUUAUUGUCUCCUGGGGAUGUGCCAAGUAUUUUUAUGAAGACGAGGGCUGUUGGGAAACCAGGAAGCAUGAAUGGAUUUGGUGGAUUCUUCGAGUGCCAGUCCUUCUGACGAUAUCUAUGAAUCUCAUCUUUUUCUUGGGCCUUUUGAGGAUACUGGUGAACAAACUCCGCAUGCCAGAUGCACAGAGGAAUGAAUUCUGCCAGUAUAAGAGGCUGAUCAAAUCCACAUUUUUUCUGGUGGCUCUGUUUGGUCUGCAUUACAUCCUGUUUGUUUUCUUGCCUGUUGAAGUGAGCAGCUCCAUGUUUAAGAUAUGGACGUUUGCCGAGCUCGCUCUGUCCUCCACACAGGGUUUCGUGGUCGCCGUGCUCUACUGCUUCAUGAACGGAGAGGUGCAGCAUGAGUUCCAGAGGAGGUGGCGGAGGUGGCAGCUGACUCAGCACCUCCCCAGCCGGCGCCGGCAGCACCACAGCUCCAUCAGCCACAGCGGGUCUCCCCACACACAGGUGUCCCUGCUGCCCUGCUCUCCAGGCAGCCCGGCAGCCAGCGGACUCCCCGUGGAUACGGUGGACAUGUGACUCCAGUUAGGGCCGGCUCAUUUCCUCGCUCUCCUCGUCGAUACUUUAAUGGAUCCUGGCUUAUUUAAUGGAUCCUGGCUUAGUGCCGACGGUCGUAGAGUGCACAACUGCAGCUUGAGUGGUUGAUACUGUCGAAUGGGUAUUUUUCUAAUUCAUUUAUUUGGCGACGUAAGGAUGUGAAAUGCACUGUUGAGGCCCAGUUAGUUAGCUGGAGGCCUCAGACUACUCUUUUGUAGGUGACUAUACUCAAUACUGUUACAAGAUUAUUGUGGAAAUGAUUUGUUAAAGUCCAGAAGUAACAGAUAGAAAAUUGGAAAAAACACUUAAAGGUUUAGUAUCGCGCCAUUAAGUUCUGGGGUCAAAGAUGAGACAGAUUAGGAAAAGAAUGGUCCAAAUUGAUGAAGUAGAGACCAAUAUAUCCCGCCCUUUUGUCCCAAGUAUGGUAAAAGCUCCAAAAGGCCACUUGAUCCUACAUUUCCCAUAAUGCAACAGCAUCUUUUCAUGAAUGUCUGUGGAACUCAAUGCCCAAAGACUGUAACGCAGGCUUCCUGUUAUAUUUAUA